AUGAAUAUGAUGAAGCUGAAGAGGUUUACGGCUUUGACCAUCACCCUGGUUCCCUCCCAAGUCAUGAGGGACCACUGGGGCAAUCUGAAGAGAGAAGCUGGAGGACCCAUGAACCAGGCAGGCCCCACUCCAACUUUCAAACAGAAGGAGAUUUGGGAGUCUGAAAAUCACAAGAUGUUUGAGGUGGAGGAGAAUGGAGUUGGAAGGACUGUUCGCAUGACUGGUUUAAUUGUGCUAUUUGUACAGCUGCCCAGCACAGGGCACAGGGAGGUGCGCCUGGUGGGCGGCAAACACCCGUAUGCAGGGCGCCUGGAGGUGUGGCGGGGCCUGGAGUGGGGCACGGUCUGCCAUUCGGACCUGAACUUGGCCACGGCCCACGUGGUCUGCCGGGAGCUGCGCUGUGGAGCUUCCGUGUCCAUGCCUGGGGGUGCUCACUUCGGCCAGGGUUCGGGCCCACUGUGGACCCAGGAAACCUUCCGCUGCCGAGGGAACGAGUCUCUCCUGUUCCACUGUCCCCGUGGGCCUGUGCGGACGGAGCUCUGCUCCCACAGCCGGGCCGCCGCCGUCCGCUGCUCAGGUGAGUCCCCCAGACCCAAGUACAGGCUGGUGAAUGGCAGCAGCCGCUGCGAGGGGCGAGUAGAGCUGCAGGUAGGGGAGUCAUGGGGUCCCCUGUGCGCUGUCCACUGGGGGCUGGCGGACGCCCACGUCCUCUGCCGCCAGCUGGACUGCAGGGCUGCACUGACAACUGUGGGUGGAGCAUCCUUUGGGGAGGGAGACGGCCCCGCCUGGACCGACGCCUUUCACUGUGUGGGGAUGGAGCCCCAUCUGUGGAACUGCCCACGGAGCGCACUGGGGGCUUCUGCCUGCCUGCCCCACAACGUGGCCACCGCCAUCUGCUCGGGUGAGUCGGCAGAAACUCUGCGGCUGCAGGACGGGCAGAGCUGGUGUGACGGCCGUGUGGAGAUCUCCCUGAGGGGCGUCUGGAGCAGGACCGUGGCUGAGGCCUGGGGUCUGGCGGAGGCCGGGGUGGUAUGCCGACAGUUACGCUGCGGAGAGGCCCGGAGAGCCUACAGCCUUGAUCUGACGGCUCACAGCCCAGAGGCCACCCCCUUGGGGCUCAGCAAUGUCACCUGUGCUGGGAACGAGACCCGUCUGACCCAGUGCCGCAUCUCCAUCGCCCCUCCAUCUCCUGUGGGGAUGACCUGGGACGUGGGCAUCAUCUGCUCUGAGAGCGAAGGCCUGCAUCUGACAGGCAGUCCUGGGAACUGCGCCGGGCGGGUGGAGGUACUCCACGACGGGCAGUGGGGGACGGUCUGCGACGACUCCUGGGACCUUGCAGACGCCCAGGUGGUCUGCCGACACCUGGGCUGUGGCAUGGCUCUCGAGGCCCCCGCCUCCACCAGGCACGGGCCCGGGACGGGGCCCAUCUGGCUGGAUGAGCUGGGCUGCAUAGGGAACGAGUCUCACCUCUGGCAGUGACCCUCCACGGGCUGGGGCCAGCAUGACUGCCGCCACAAGGAGGACGUCGGCGUUCUCUGCUCGGAGUUCACAGACAUGCGGCUUACUGGUGGUUCCUGGGCCUGUACUGGGCGGCUGGAGGUUUUCUACAAUGGGACGUGGGGAAGCUUGUGCCAUAACUCCCUGUCGGAUGUCUCCCUCACCGUGAUAUGCAAACAGCUGCAAUGUGGAGCGCGGGGGACGCUGUUGGACACGCCGGAAAUGGAUGCAGAAUCCAAGUUUACCUGGGUGGACCGCAUCGAAUGCCGGGAGAAACACCACACCUCCCUGUGGCAGUGCCCCUCUGCACCUUGGCAUCCACACUCGUGCCCCAGGAUGGAAGAAGCCUGGAUCAGUUGCCAAGGUGAUGGCCUUGUUGAUCUAUCGCCUCCAGCCUGGGAAUCAAAUGGGUUGUCAUUUCCAGCGCAGGAGAAGGUGCGCGUGCGGGGCGGCAAGGACGGCUGCUCAGGGCGUGUGGAGGUGUGGCACGGCGGGUCUUGGGGCACGGUGUGCGACGACGCCUGGGACCUGGUGGACGCCCAUGUCGUGUGCCGACAGCUGGGCUGCGGAGCAGCACUGGUGGCCCCAGGACAUGCGGCCUUCGGCCCGGGGACGGGCACCAUCUGGCUGGAUGAAGUCGGGUGUCUGGGCAGCGAGGCCUCUCUCUGGGACUGUCCAGCCGCCCCCUGGGGCCGCACUGACUGUGACCACAAGGAAGAUGCUGCCGUCAACUGUUCUGAUUUUAGAAAAGAUGUGACUACUCUCCCUGAGGACAUCUAUGAAGAAAUUGCAAACUCUAUAGAGUCCAAUUAUGAGGAGAUAGAAGAUACUGACAAGAAUCCAGUGGUAAAGGACUACUAUGAAUUUGCAAACACUGAGGACAAGCUGGUGGAUGAGGAGAAGGGGUCAGCUUUUUCAGACUCCUUAACAAAUGAAGUCACUGAAGAAGAUUUUCAGAAACAGUCAAUGGGAAAGAAUUAUGAUGAUGUCAUGAUGUUGGAGGAGGAAAGAGAGGUAGAUGAGGAGAUGGUGGAGGAGAACACCAAGGAAAAGGCCAAUGAAUCAGCCAAGAAGCCACCGUCCUUUGUGGAGAGCUUGGAUGCGGUUCAGCUCUUCAACCUUCUGUUGAUACUCAACUAA